UAUAAGGGCUUAAUGUGACCAUUGCCUCCACGAAAACCUAUGACGAGAAGAAUACACACAGCCAACAUGAACGAACACCCGCCACGACAUUACUCACACGCGCGCACGCUCAAGCAUAUCUACCUCUAGCCUACAUAAUUUAGCAGUAGCUGAGAAACGCAAACGCUAUCCAGUAAGUGCGCUGGAUCUGGUGCGAAUGCAUGCAACGGCUUCUAUAUUUGGAUCAAAAUAAUUCGCGUGCAUCCCGAUCUAAACUAGCCUACUCCGCAAACCAUGCUGUUUUGCAAAAUCUGAUAAAAAUGAACCAGGCGAAAAUACACAUGCAAAACCAGCCUGCAACGAUACAGAUUGGUAACGUUAACAGAUUGGCUGCGUUGUAAAGUCUGCGAUGUGGUGAUGGCUUCUUGGCCUAUUGCAUUUUUGGAUACGGACAGAUCCGACUGAGGGGGAUCUAGAACACGAGGACCAAUGGGGUUUGGUUGCAUCUUUUUGUAUCUUUAUCUGUCUGCCCAUCUAUUUACUUUUUCUUUACCUGCUGCAUAUCAGCUGAUUCAAAAUAGUUCACUAUACAUCUAAAUUCAUAUAAAUCACUGACAGAGUAUUUUCAGGGUUUAAGAUUUGACUAUAGAUUGAUCUCAGAACAUUUUCUCUACCUUUCUUUUCAUCAUCAUCAUCAUCAUCAUCAUCAUCAUCAUCAUCAUUUUUUUGUUGUUUCUGCUGUUUUUGCCAGAUUUAAAUAUAAGCAUACUGAAAGCUGAAAAGGUAAGCUUAAAGUGCUAUUAUUUUUGAAUACAGUGCAGUCAGGUGAGUACUAUGAGAAAGAGCUGCUGCACACACACAAGCAGAACUAUGCCAGAUGGAGCCUCUUUUACCAGCCCUCAGCAUUUAUUAAUUAUGAAUUAGUGAAUUCAUUUAUUAUCUCUGAACCGUAUAUGAAUUCAGAAACAAAUCAUUCUAACUACUUGUACUAUUAUUAACUACUAUUGCAAUUUGGAGGAUAUCCUUCUUGCUGUAGCAUUAUGUGUAUCGUGUGUGUUGUAAGUUUUGUCUCAAUAUGCUUUUCCAUUUCUCAAAUAGAUGGAUUGGAUGUGAGGUGUCCCUCAGCCCUCUUCAGCCACCAGGCCUGUCUGGCUGUGAAAGAUGGUUUGGUGUGAGAUUCUGUGGGUCUGCCUGCUGGCAGUGGUCAGCCUCUUGGCCAGUGUUAACACACUCCCACUUUCCCCAUUGGAGGAAAGCAGCCAGAAAGCUGAUAAGCAGCCUGAGGGGGCACAAGGCCUGACAGACAGUGUCCUUGCACCUGCCACACCCAUUUUCCCACUGGUUGCCCUUGACGGGCUGUCACAGAACAUCGUGCCAACCAAUCAGGUGGAGCAGCCUGCCAGUGAUGACUCGUCUGUCCAGUUGCGAGCGAGUGAAGCAAGGCUUCAGGACUCUGGGUGGAGGGUGGAGAGCACUGCGGUUGGCCCUGUUGAAGUGCAUGGGAGAGCUGAAGCUACACUGGCCUCAGUCAGAGCUAGGCUGGGGCGUGAGGGAGAGGCCCCCUUAUUACAGACAGGGGGAGAUGACGGCCGGGAUGUCCUGAUGUUAAAGAAGCCAGGUGACCCACAGGGCCCUGGUGCAGUAAACACCCAAAACCAAAGGAAAGAGAGGAACUCGGAGGAGGGGCCCAAUCAAGGGGUCUUACUGAAUGGAAGGACUUGGGAGUCUCCUGCUGGGUACAGAGCGCCAGAUGGUUUAGGGUCACAUGACACAUCCCAGAAUCCGCACAUCCUUCCUCAAGCAGAGAGGGCAGGCUCGGUGCAUGAGGUAGCCAUCGGCUUUUCCGGAAUUCCUCAGACUCCCUCUGUAGCUAAAGUGCUGGAACCAGGCGGGAUGGCAAAGCAGGGCAUCAGCAAUGCGACACUCCAUUUGCUUUCUCCAUCCAUGGCACCUGUCGGACAGGAGCCAAGCAGCGAGGGAGGGAUGCAGGUGGGGCCUCAGGUGACUGUCGCCACCCAAGUAAAGGACCCGGAUUUAUCGAGGGCUCAGAGUCGGGUAGGGCUGCCAGAACUGGAUGCUCUGCUCUCAGCGAGAGAGGAGCCAGGAGUGGAGGGAAAUGAGAGGGGGGCAGAAACAGCAAAGAAACCCCUCAAAAACCGAAUGGGUGUCCCGGGUGGCGGCUUCCAAACCACAACAGCAGCCAGCGGUGAAGCAAUGGCAGGCACAUCAGGGCCCUCUUUGAGCAGAGCUCCUUCCUCAGAGCAAACCCGACCCAGGCAGACCACCGCAAUAGACAGCAUCCAGCAGUCCACCACUUUGGUGGCAAACAUUCUGGAGAGUGAAGCCGCCUCACCUCCCUCCACCCCCAUUCCCCACCGCAAACUAAUUAACAGCCCCUCAAAUGGAGAGAGUAGGGCACGGGCCAAUACAGCUCAGCCUGGGUUUUCUGAGGACCCAGCUGGCCCCACGACAACUAAGCCCCCCCUGGGUGAGGAUCCAGGAGCUGAGCCGGGAGUUUCUAUCGUCCCCUGGGCUAGAGGGGCCCUGCAGCAGGACGCAGUAGUGAAGAGCAGCAUCCCCAGUUCCACAGGCCCUGUAAAUGGAGUCACACCCCAUUUACUCUUGACUGCAAGAACAGAGACCAGGACUAGGGGAGAAAACCAAGCCUUGAAGGCCCUUCCUUUUGGGCAUGACGAUGAGGCAACACCCACACCUGACGAUAUCCCUUUAAUAUUUGAGCCACUGGAUGAUGCUCUGUCAGAGAUGGUGGUUACUACUGCCCCCAGUGGCACCCAACAGGUAUUGCAGUUUUCUGGCAUCACAGCUGACACCCAGGACAUCCUAACAGGGCCUGAACUCAUUACCACAGUCAUUGUUGAUGGAGGUCCCUCCCCGUCAGGGGCAGCCCGCCCUACCCUGCAGACCUCUGGAACCGAGAUUAUGGAAGCACUCAGUCCCUCCACAUCUCUCUUCACUGCACCUCCUCCAGAGCCCCCCCUGGACGAUGGGAUCCUGUACACUGAGGAACUUGGCAUGACUGACACUCCAACUGGGACUACUGAAGGCUCUCCCAGUUCCUUCAGAACCCGGGAACACAAGAAUACAGAACUGUCUCCAACGACAAUUGUAGCCACGGCAACUAGCAUGUCCCUGCCCAGGCACAAAUCAGGUGUGGUAGAACUGGAGUCUGAAGAGGAGCCUGAUGACAAGGAGACAGGGGAGUCAAAGGACGCAGGAAGUGAGGAAGACGUAUCGGAGGUCAUGACGGUGGCCCACGUACGCCCCACCUACAGCCACAUCCCAUAUCACUUCCACCCGGGCUCGAUCUGGGUGCAGCGCAACCAGGGCCUCGUGCACAGCUGGGUGGAAAAGAUCAGAGACAAGGCAGGUUACGUGUCUGGAAUGCUGGCGCCCGUGGGUAUCGGCAUCGCCGGGGCCCUCUUCAUCCUGGGCGCUCUCUACGGCAUCAAGGUGGUGCACCGCAGAAGGAGGAAAGGCUACAAGCGCCAGACGAGGAAGCACAGGGAAUCAGGCAGCAGGCAGGACCGGGUGAUGCUCCUGGCUGACAGCUCAGAAGAUGAGUUCUGACUGCUCAAAAAUGCCUCUACCGCAAGUCCAGCGAUAAGCCACACCCCCUAAGUCGGUUUCACCUUGUAGUUUCCAUGGCAACGGCUGUGGGAUGACCCUUAUUGCAUGCCCUUUCUUGGACCCCCAAGCUAGGGAGGUGGAGAAACUGAGAAACCCAUUAGGAGCUCUUGUCUCCUUGCCCACACUGUUGUGGAAAGCGUCAGGGUUCACAUCCUAGAAAAUCAUCAAGCUGAUGUAGCACUUUACAGGUAGCAGUGCUUAAUCACCAGUGAGUCAUUUCCACACUCAGACACGCAGGCCUGCAAGCACAGCUCUCCACAGAAGCGUUCCAGCUGAAUGAAUAGGGAAUGCUUUUGCUUAAAUGUGGCACUAUAAAAUGUGUUCAGUGAUUAUGAAUGUGGGGAUGUGAUUCUCAUUGUUAUUGUCAGGACUGACAUUCACUGGUAAUAAUGCACACAUGUGAAUAAUCUAAUUUACUGCAUUAGACAGGGGAGAGCCAUCUAGUCAGAUUGCACAGAGUCGAUUACAGAAUAGAAUCACACUCGUUAUAAAUUACUUUAGUAUUUAUUAUUUUAGUUUAGUUUAUUUAUUUGACUGUUCACUUUAAAAGGACAAUUACAUGGUUGCAAACACCAAUGUGCAUGCACAAUUAAAAGAGUAUCAAGGAUAACACAAAAAAGUCACAAGACUUAUUUCCAUUGUGGUCCUUGCUGUAGCUAAAUAUAUAUAUGGAAUUGUUGCAUUUUGUUUUUAAAUAUUCAUUGUAAAUAUUCAUUGUAACCAAAUACGUAUGCCUUUGAUAAUAUUGCAACUCUAUAGAAGGGUUAUGAAGAGCAACAUGCCCUUUUUAUGAUUUUUGUAUGAUUUUUUAUGAUUAAUAUUGAUAAAUUACUGGUGUAAUUGGCAACUUAUUGAUAGCAAGGCAGUUCAGACUUUUUACAGUACAAUCCUUGGUCAAGUAACAAGUGAAUAUUACUUGUAUCUAAAAUAUAUGUUUAAAAUAAACAUAUUUACCAAUAUUCAGAACAAAAAUAUAAUUUUGAGAGAUUCUAUGUAUUGGUAUCAUAAUUGAAAAUUCGUACGUAUCUACAGGCGUGGUUUCUAAUUUUAUUGCCAUCUAAAGAGUGUGAAAUGGUAUGGUAUUC